AUGGGCAACCUCCACAUGGACCACGAGCCUGAUGGUAUGUCGCCGAAUUUGGUCAUGUCAGAGGAGCAUGACUCCGGGGAAGGGGAGUUCUUCGACCUUCAGCCGCCACCGUCGUCAGCUAAGCAGGUCAAGGUAGAGGAUAUCAUGAGGCGACUGUUCUCUGCCGAGCACCUCCAUUUCAUCCUUGCCGAUCACAGCUUGUUCUACAAGUUUAGCUCGUUUCUGAAUCGAUGCAAGCCAAAUCUGGUGCCGAAUCUGAUCCGCUAUCUGGAGUUGCGGAAAGCGAUGAAGGCAAUCGAAUACGCCAACUCUGUCGUGAGAAGCAUCCGGUGGCCAUCUCACACGGAUUCUCACAAGUUCUCGCGCCUCCAAGCUGCGUCUACGGAUGUUAGGGUCGAGGACUACGCCGCCCGAGAAUUGUUGCUCCUCUGUUCCGAGGCGCUGCCGGCAUUUGUCACUCACACGUUGAUCGGAGUAGUCACUGAUUGUGUGUCGAGAGAUAUAACUGGGCAAGGAAUCCCCAUCAUGCGAGAUCUGGUAGGCAGUCUGGGGGAGGUAUUCUGUCUCACAGAUCCAUCUGUUCACGAUAACCCGAUCGUGUUCGCGAGCGAAGAAUUCCACAGGACAACCCAGUACGGCACUUCCUACGCUAUCGAUCGCAACUGCAGAUUUCUGCAAGGGCCAGGUACGGACAAGGAUGCUCUUUUGCGGCUCGCAAAAGCAAUUACACUUGGCCAGGAGUCAAACGAAGUCAUUUUGAACUAUCGCCGCGACGGGACCCCCUUCGUCAACCUCCUUAUGUGUUCGCCUCUCUACGACGAUAAAGGGAUAAUACGCUACUUUAUCGGUGCGCAGGUCGAUGUGACCGGCCUCGUAAUCGAUGGUCUGGGCAUCGAGUCCUUCCGUGCUCUGCUUCACAAUGAUGAAGUCCAGGAAAUGGAAGCCUCCCUCGAAGCCGCAAGCCCGCAUCUCCAAUCCAAAUUCUCCCCCCGCUAUCAGAGUCCCAAGACCAAAGAAUCACUGCAGAGGUUACAAGAGCUGAGUACGAUGUUCAGCCAGGACGAGUCCGACGUUGCGUGCAAGAAUGGCCGAAGCUGCGACGAUUCGAAUGAUGGUGCCAGCAUCCGAUCCAGUGUAACGAAUAGCGUGAAGGCUAGGGGACAGUCGAAGCGCGUAAUCGGCGGAGAUGACAUCGGCCCCGAUGGCAUCGUGCUGAACUUCUCGCAUCUACAUCUCAAGAACCCUAGCCCCCGGCACAACAACCUGCCUGGUGUGUACAAACACUAUCUCCUCGUCCGGCCGUAUCCCAGCCUACAGAUCAUCUUCGCCUCGCCGUCUCUGCGGCUCCCCGGCCUCCUCCGCACCCACCUCUUCACCAAGCUCGGAGGCUCGAACCAGACCAUCUCCGCGCUCGAAGCGGCCUUCCGCGACGGCGCCUCCGCCACGGCCAAGGUCCUCUGGCUGCCCAAGAACGCGUCCCCCGGUGAGCAGCGAGGCCGCGGACCCGCCGAGGUGAAAGUGCGCUUCAUCCGCUGCACGCCGCUCCUCGGGAACGACGACCGCGUGGGGGUGUGGAUGGUGAUCCUCGUGCCGGUGGACGGCGAGUCGCCCAUCCACAACGGGUACGGCCGCGACGAGAUGGUCGACGAGAUGGGGGAGACUAGGAAGCGGUCCGGGGCUGGCAGCCGAACGGGGAGCUCGAGACGGACGCCGAGUGUGGAGGUUGAGGCUGAUGGGGGGUUUGGAUUGAAGAAGGUGAGAAGCAUCAAGAGCAAGAUGCCGAGUGAGUGUGGCGUCGGAGGAGGCGGCGGUGGUGAUCGCAAGCAGACAUACCGGGAUACGUCCGUGAACAGAUACGGGAAUGGUAAUAGCACUAUGGCCUUGUCACCGGAUGAAAAAAAUGAACGCGAACUGUACGCAGAAUACAUGAGGACGUCAACGAGCACCUCAACAAGCACGGAAGGGAGUUCGGGGAGCAACAGGCCGGAUUGA